AUGUCUGCCAAAGCUGUCCUCAUCCUUUGCGCUCAGGCGCUUCUCGUCAAGUCUGCAUUGAGCCAAUGCAUCGGCGCUCCCGGUUUGGCUGCUCCUUUCGGAUUGGGAUACGAUGGCCUGGCUGCUCCUUUUGCCUAUGAUGGUCGCGCAGGUUGUGCCGGCAGAGGUUUUCCAGAAGCACCUAAGUUCAUUUCUAAAAAUCAAUGA